GCUCCACCAGCAGAUCCGAGCACAACUGUGACGAACAAUAAUAUUAAGAAUAAAAAGAAAAACGAAAAUUUGUUGGGAUUUGUUGGGGACUUUUUCUGCGCGCUUCCUCUGCCUCGCUCGGACAGAGAGCUCUAACCUGCCUCUCCAUUUUUAAAGCUCUCCCCAGCUCCACUGUAAAUAGCCCCCCCAAAAAAACGACAGAAUGACAACACAUUUCAGGAGCGGCCCAGCCUUCGGACUUUCCGCCGAGGUCAAGAGUAAGCUUGCAGGAAAGUAUGACCCACAGAAGGAAGAGGAGCUGAGACUGUGGAUUGAGGAUGUGAUUGGCAAAAGGAUUGGAGACAACUUCAUGGAGAGCCUGAAAGAUGGAGUCAUGUUGUGCGAGCUCAUUAAUGUUCUCCAGCCAGGUUCUGUGAAAAAGAUAAACCAUUCCAGUCAAAAUUGGCACCAGCUGGAAAACAUAGGGAAUUUUGUCCGUGCCAUCACAGAGUACGGCCUGAAGCCACAUGACAUCUUUGAGGCCAACGAUCUGUUUGAGAAUGUCAACCACACUCAGGUCCAGUGCACACUCAUCGCUCUGGCUGGAAUGGCCAAGUCGAAAGGUUUCCACUCAAAGUACGAUAUAGGGGUGAAGUAUGCAGAGAAACAACAACGACGCUUCGCUCCUGAGAAGCUCAGGGAGGGACGAAACGUCAUAGGCCUGCAGAUGGGCACCAACCAGUUUGCCAGCCAAAAGGGCAUGACCUCUUACGGGACACGCCGCCAUCUGUAUGAUGCCAAAAUCGCCAUGGACAACCCAGACCAAUCUACGAUCAGCCUACAGAUGGGCACCAACAAGGGAGCCAGCCAGUCUGGCAUGACGGCUCCAGGAACAAGGAGGCAUAUUUUUGACAAGAAUCUGAAGCUGGAGGACUGUGACACCACCACCAUCUCUCUGCAGAUGGGCACCAACAAGGGGGCCUCUCAGCAGGGCAUGACCACUUACGGCCUGCCCCGCCAAGUCUACGACAACAAGUACUGCGCCAACCCCACCGAGGCCUACUAUAACAACGGGAGCGAGGUGGAGUUUGACGGCUACAACCAGUACUCUGACUAAGAAAACCACGGACCCCACCCCCUUCCCCCAACACCCACCCACCCACACCUUCUCUUUGCUUUUACUUUAGACAACCAGCCACGACUGUCCUUGUGACGAGCAAACCUGACCAGACUUUUAUUUAACACCAGCUGACGUCACUGUGGGCUUCAUUUUCCGUCUCUUCUAAACUCUUCAACUUAUUGUUUGCCUUUCCGUGAGUAAACGAAAAAAAAUGUUUACACUGACCUUCUGUCAAAAAAAAUUCAGUCCAGUUCAGUCGCUCCAGCUAAUGUUAUUAUUACAGCUAAAAAUAACCACACUCUGAAGUGGAGAUUUUUUUGACCUUUUUUGCUAUUUAUAGAUUUUUUUUUUUCUCCUCUAAAGCUUUUUAUACUUGCAUUGUAAUUUAGAUAUUUUUAUCAAUGUAACGCUCACCACCUCUUCCAGUCCAGUUUGAACACUAAUGAAGCAAAAUAUGAAAAGUUCCUCGAGAGCAAACACGUUGGUGCUAUUGAACUCCGACCCAUUUGGAACACGUCCACAUUAGGAGCUCUGCAGGCUCUUGGAUGCCACUCCUUGGGACGACAAACAAGCUCCGGGUCCACAGACUGAUCACGACGCAGGACUUGCAGCUUUGUGCGGACUUUGCUUUACACUGCGAGCACCUGCGCUAACAAAUAGUCACGAUAAGUCUGCCAAAUUACCCACUGUGCUAUUUUUUUGCAGGGCUCAUUUACAUGUCUUGUUGUGCAGCACUUUGGUUUGUUUACUGAGAAAGCAUUUUUGAGGGUUGUGAGAGAAAACGGUACACUGCUUUUAUAAAGGAGGAAAUGCAGGUGAGGCAGUAUCCUGACUGAAGUUCGGUACACUUAGUCGCCAACUGUUUUUAUGCUGCAAGAGUCCUGUAACCUGUUCUUCCAGCCUUUAGGACACAUUUCUUCUUGUGUUCUGAUUUUAGUGACCUUUGGCUUUACUGUUGUUGCUUCAUUUGCACUUUUACCCAGCCUCACAUUGUGUGCAGUAAACAGCGGUGGACUGUAGGUCAAAACAUUUAGUUACACAUUUGGGCACUUAAAAAUGUUUCUAUUUGAUGCAACUUUAAACUCCUGCUGUACAGUUCAGAUAGUGUUAUGGUCCUUUUGACUCCAUAUUUUUAUUAUAGUUAAAAGAAUAAAAUGCAGGUAGUUUACCACACACACACACAGGGACAUUUUUCAAAAGCGGGAACUAUAAUGAAGUAUUUAUUCUGUUCACCACUGGCUGGAAAAUGCAACAGGAAAGCAGACCCAUGCGCUUACAGAUUUUUCUUAAUGUGAAUCAUGCCAAAUAUGCAGAUGUCUCAUUUUAAAGUUUCUGCAGCAUACUGUUAACCCACCGAAUGUCUUGAAUGUAGCGUUGUUUGUAAAGCAAUAAGUCCCACUGCCUAUCACAGGGUUCAUGUGUGCACAGGGUGUCAGCAUCUUUUAAAGACUUUUUUUUUUUUUUUUUUAAUGCCACUUUAAAUAAAAAUUAAAACCAUACUCUCUCUCUCCAACCCUCACUGAUGUCAGUUUGUGCCUAAAUAGGCUGGAACUUGUGGCUAAACUCCUGUUUUGCUAUUUUAUGUCAAAAUGACUGCUGUGAACUAGGCCUGCUGUUCCAGUCUACACACACAGCAGUUUGCAUAAGCACCAACACUAACAGUUACUCUUAAGUCAUUUCUUAUUAACCUUCCAUCUUCUCAUUUCCAUAUAUAAAUGGUCAGCAAGGCCAUCAUCUCUUCAUCACCUCCAGAGUUUCUGCAAGUGUCACUGCAACCCCGUUAGGCUGGUGAGCAUAACCAUCAAGGAUUUAUUUAGCUAUUGUGUGUUAGCUAUUGUGCGUACUCCUUCAUUUAACACAUUCAGAAACACUGUCAAACUACUAAGUGACCUUCCUGGUACAGCAGAACAGUUUGAAUGUGCAGAGGGGGUGAAAAUGGCAGCAUUACAUGCUGGAAACUGUUUUACUUGAAAACCUUUCAAUCCCAUUCAAAAUGAAUUUAAAUUUGUUCCCACUCUGACACAUUUUAAAUGCCAGUUUAGACUGUAAAUAUCUCAUAAGCUUUCCCAACAAAAAGAAUAAUAAAAGCAUGAGCAAUUGUUCU